UGAGGCCCUCCAUCUUGUGGCGCGGCAGAGGAGAACAGCAGCAGUGAUGGCAGACUACAGCAGCGUGGCUCCACCGUCCUCUAACGCUGGUGGGGGGAUGAACGAUGCUUUUAAAGACGCUUUACAGCGAGCGAGACAGAUCGCAGCCAAGAUCGGCGGAGAUGGCGUUGUGGCUCCACCAACGAACGAGUUUGGCUACGGAGGCCAGAAAAGGCCCCUGGAGGACGCUGGUGGGUAUUUUCCCAUGCCUAACCUGAAUAUCGAACAACCAGAAACAAAGAAAGUAGCUACAAAUGACGCCUUCUCAGCCAUGGGAGGGAUGGGCGGCCCUCCAAGAUCAACAUCAGAAGAAUUCAAGGUUCCAGAUGGAAUGGUUGGAUUUAUUAUUGGAAGAGGAGGUGAACAAAUAUCCCGCAUCCAGCAGGAAUCUGGGUGUAAAAUACAGAUUGCUCCUGACAGCGGAGGGAUGCCUGACAGGUCGGUGACAUUAACGGGGGCACCAGAAUCAAUCCAGGCCGCAAAGAGACUUCUUACUGAGAUCGUGGAGAAGGGACGUCCGGCUCCUGCUUUCCACCACAACGACGGUCCGGGAAUGACGGUCCAGGAAAUUAUGGUGCCUGCUUCCAAAGCUGGCCUCGUCAUUGGGAAGGGAGGAGAGACCAUCAAAAGCCUUCAGGAACGAGCCGGUGUGAAGAUGGUCAUGAUCCAAGACGGACCUCAGAACACGGGUGCAGACAAGCCACUCCGCAUUUCCGGAGACCCAUUUAAAGUCCAGCAAGCCAAAGAGAUGGUGAUGGAGCUGAUCAGAGAGCAGGGCUUCAGGGAGCAGCGGGGCGAGUACGGGUCCAGGGUCGGAGGAGGAGACAGCUUAGAUGUUCCAGUCCCGCGGUUUGCAGUUGGGAUUGUCAUCGGCAGAAAUGGAGAGAUGAUAAAGAAAAUACAGAACGACACAGGAGUCAGAAUUCAGUUCAAACCAGAUGAUGGCACCACGCCUGACAGGAUAGCACAGAUCAUGGGCCCUCCGGACCAGGCCCAGCAUGCAGCAGAGAUCAUCUCGGACCUGCUGAGGAGCGUCCAGGCUGGAGGCCCUCCGGGGCACGGAGGGGGCAGGGGACGUGGUCGUGGGCAGGGCAACUGGAACAUGGGGCCCCCUGGUGGCCUGCAGGAGUUCUCCUUUACAGUACCAACCAUGAAGACCGGGCUGAUCAUUGGAAAAGGGGGCGAGACGAUCAAAGGCAUCAGCCAGCAGUCGGGAGCCAGGAUUGAGCUGCAGAGGAACCCUCCACCCAACGCCGACCCCAACAUAAAGAUGUUCACCGUCAGAGGAAACCCUCAGCAGAUCGACUAUGCCAGGCAGCUGGUGGAGGAGAAGAUUGGGGGUCCAGUCACUCCGAUGGGAGGCCCACAUGGUCCCCCAGGUCCACAUGGUGGACCAGGUCCGCAUGGUCCUCCGGGACCACCAGGACCCCCAGGCGCUCCAAUGGGACCUUACAACCCUGGACCUUACAACCAAGGCCCUCCAGGACCACAUGGCCCUCCUGCUCCUUAUCAGCCUCAAGGAUGGGGGAACGGUUAUCCUCACUGGCAGCAGGGCCAGCCGGAUCCAAAUCUGCCUUGCACUGCAUUGAUAGAUCAAGUAAGGAGGGCUGAACCUUUGUGUGACGAUAAAGCAGCAGCUGAUGCCAACGCAGCAGCGUGGGCAGCGUACUACGCUCAGUACGGCCAGCAGCCCCAGGCCUCCAUGACUCCAACCAGCGGGGCUCCAGGCACGGCUCAACCCAACGGUCAAGGUGACCCACAGGCUGCAGGUCAGAGUGGACAGACAGAUUACACCAAGGCCUGGGAGGAAUAUUACAAGAAAAUGGGUCAACAGAAUCAGCCACCUCAGGACUACACAAAAGCCUGGGAGGAGUAUUACAAGAAACAAGGUCAAGCUGCACCGCAGGCCGCUCCAGCGGCGGCACCGGCGGCCGCUCAGCCUGGAGGCCAGCCGGACUACAGCGCUGCCUGGGCUGAAUACUACCGUCAGCAGGCUGCCUACUACGGCACUGGAAACCCUCAGGCGAUGGGUGCAGCGCCACAAGCCCCUCAGGUACACCGCGAAUAAGAAUCUGCUCUCUAUGUUCACUGCAGCACUUCUCAUUUGUACCUUAACUCCCCCCAGACUCCUUCCUCAGGUUUUUACAGGGCUCCAGUGAACGCAGCAGCAAAAAAAACAGCCUAACCUCACUUUUUCUCUUUCCUCCCUACGCAGGUUUUUUAAUCUUUUUAUUUUGGGAAGCUGAGUCCACUGUUUCUGCUGUUAACAUGCAAUGUAUCUUCUAUGUAUUUCUUCUGCACAGGGCCAGUAAUGUGAAGUGGACAUAAAGUAAAUGCUACAUUGUCGAAACAAAAUCCUUUGUUAAAUGUUUGGAUGCAGACGCCUUGAUGAAGAUCUUAAAUUUCCUUGGUUUGAAAGUGUUUCACAUAGAUGGCAGAUUACCCGGCGAACACGUCCUCUUGGUUAUUUUCUUGUUUUUGUUUUUUUUUUGUUAGCUUUUUUUUUUUUUCUCUGUUUUUCUUGUAAAUGCUAUGUUUUUAGUAAAGGUAAUUAUACAUACAGUCAUUCCAGCCCUGUAUCUACAUUAAAUGUGGUUAGAACUGAUGUUUAUUAAACUGUAGACAUUACCAUGUAAAUCAUCUCAGUUUUAAGAAAAAAGAAAAAGAAAAAAAUGCUAUUGCCUGUUGUGUUUUUGCAAUAAAACAAACUGAAACCUCCUGUGUUGGUAAGUUGGGGUGGUUCAAAACAAACAUACAUUAAAAAAAAGGGUUUAAAUGAUAUUCUUUGUUUUGUAUUACCUGUUUGAAACGUAGGCAAUGUGUGGGUUUGUCCUAUAAAAAUCGACUUUGAAGUUGUGCUGUCCUGUCUCUCUCCAACUUGUCUAUAAGGCUGAGAAACGCGAUCCUGAAUGAUUCAUUUGCUGAUUAGAAAUUGUUUCUUUUUUAAUUUUUAAACAUUGAAAUUAAUUGCUGACUGUAGCUGUAGAUGCUCUUGAAUUGACAGGUAUGUGUGGUGUCGCUGUUGAGCUAGUUGUUGUUGUUAUGCACUACUGUUCUGCCCCUGAUAGCCACUUCCUCUUCCACAGGAAAGUUUAGAAAAAAACAAAAUAAUGUGGUAAGCAGGUAAUCUGAACACGUCCCUCAGAAAAUGUGGUCUCAAGAAAUGUUAUAUAUUUUUAGUGUCAUUUUUACUUUUCCUUUUUCCAGGACAGUCAGGUAAAUUUGCCACUGUAACAAAAAUGUGUUGAAGCUUCUUUUUUUUUUUUUUUUGUCUUGCCCAAUCCCAAUUUUGUAUUUUUAACUUUCAAUGAAGUUUAUAUAUUAUAUAAAAACAUUGCAAAGUGUUUAUCCAAUAUAAAAGCAUAGAUGUUGUAGGGUGGCUAAGCAGCAGCUCCAUCCAUCAGUUGAGCCCUCCUGUAAUGUAAGUACAAAACUAAGAAAUGCACUUUUUAUGCUUUCUAAACUGCUAAAAAUGUAGAUUUUGUGAGAAAUUACCCCACUGUCCCUCUUUUUUUAUCUGGGUAAGUAUAAAAUGUUCUGAAAAGAGGCAAAAAGUUAAGUUUGAUUCUUGUACCACAUGUUUCUGAGACUUGUGACUUGCAUAAUUUAGAUUUGUAGAACUGAAAGUAUGACUUGUUUAGAAUGUGUAGUGAUGGAUUUUCUGAUACGAGGGUAGAAGUCUGGGUUUUGCGUUCUUUACAUCUGACCUGUUGAGUGCUUUUGUUAGCUCAUAUUUAUUAUUUAACCAAAAAGAAAUGCUGUUCAAUGCCAGUACUUGUAUAGAAAGUGCAUAGCAUGUCCCAUUUAAGCAUGUGGAUGCUAGUUGUGGACGGAUCAGUCCUGCCAGGCUGUUGAACUGAAGUCAGAACAAUAUUUGACUGCAUUGUUCACUGAUGGCAAACAGUGCAAUAUACAUAUAUAUAUCUGAUCUUUGCAGUGUCAUUCCAGACCUUGCACCUUAGGUUCUGCCGCAUUAACACAGGUAAGCGAAACCUAAGGGAACAAGUGUAUUUUUGUCCUCUGAAAAUGACGUGUACUCAUGCAAAGAAAUGCUUACCUGUGGUGUUAACAUGCCUCAAUGCGUUUAUACUUAGUUGUAAAGAAAUGUGCCUAAUAUUUACACCUGAGCGGUCCAUUUUUUAUUUUUUAGCCCUUUUGAUUCAUGAACUGCAUGAUGAGUUAUCACUUGUUUUGAUGGUUGCCUUCCAAAAAAAUAAGAAAUGUUUGUCAAUAUGUGCUCCAUAUUUUCCUUCUGGUAAGUCUACUGUUUCUCACAGAUACUUUUAGGUUGACACUGGGUUUUAAUGAAAUGCAUGCUACGCUGUUGCCAGAAGUUAGCAAUGUGCUCAAAUGUCAGGUGGAAUAAUCGGUGAAAUGCAUUUUUAUUAUUAUUUAUUUGUUCUCUGAAUUAUUUUCUGUCGUGGUGUAAAUCUGCCCUAAAGUGCAGUGCAAACCUUCUAUUGAAACGUUGCUGCCUUCACUUCUUGCUCACAGUGUUGGAGGAUGCUGCAGGCUUUAGGUCGUAAAAUCAGGCCGUGUCGUAGUUUGUCUUCCCCCCCCUACCCCAAAAGGAGGAAUCCUUUGAGUCAGUCCAGCUGCUGAACGUAGACCGUUCAAGAGCUCCAGUGAUAAGGUAAAGCAGCAAACGCAAUGAAAUUUAAAUUCUGUGAUUGCAAAUUGUUGCUCAGAUUGAUUUGAUUUGUUUCUGCCAGCCUGGGUUGACUAACUCAUUCAUGAUGCUAUGGUGUGUUUAGAGGUUGUUUCUGAAUGCCUUUAUUUAUAAAUGUACCUCUUUUUUAAGUUUUAGAAAGUUGGAUGAGAGCAGGAACUGAAACUUUAAAUGACCCAUACAGUGUUUUAGGCAGAAAAGUUGGAGGUUAUCAGUUUUUAUUUGUAGUAAAUAAAUAAAUAAAAAAAAAAAGGUUUUUAAUUGUUUUAGACUGAGAUGCGCUAAAGUGUUUGAACACAGGGGUUGUAGAGGACAAAACAAGAAGCAUGCCUUAGAGGUAAAACAGGUUUUAUGUGCUGUGUAUAUUACAUUACUGGGUUGUCUUUUAAAUUACCUUUAAUAUGUUGCCAUGUUCACCAAUAAAGUUGUUACAAACGGGA